UUGACAAUGGCGUCCCGACCUCGUUCUAGUGCGCGAAUAAACCUUUGACCUGCCGCAAGCCUCCUCGACACCACAGAUCCUACCCUGAGAUCCAAUUAUCCACCGGUCGCAAUCCGAUGGCCCAUCUUUGCCAUUUCAAAAGGAUCUCAACCCGGCGCUUCUCGUGUUCAGCCUCUGGGCCUCCCUCCUCCGGCUUACCAGGCGUGCCAGGCCUCCAUCUGGCAUUGCCCACCUCGUACGAUCACCUUGUGUCAGUCAUAUUCGACUUUGACGAAAUUCGCAUCUCUGAAGUGACUCGCCCGGUCUCGAAUACGUGCGAUGUGAUCUAUCACCCGGGGCUUGUCUCUGGCCCUGGGGCCCCUCGGGUCUGGGCAUCCCGGGAUGCUAGCCCACUCAUGUGAGUCGUUGAAAUAGGAAAACGGCCACUGACUAGACCUUCACCGACUGCCACCUGUGACCUGGCAGCUGUGACAAUGGGUGAAGGUCUUAGGCCCUUUGGUGGUUGGU